AUGACGAUCAGCAAUAAUUUUUUAUCGGUUUUCUUAUUAUUCUUUCUCUGCUCAAUUAUCAAUUCGGCGACAACGAUCGCAUAUCCUGUUCCUGAUGGCCAAUUAGGUCCAGUUGACCCUUCUUCUUCUACGGGUGAUGAAGUGACUACAUUGGGAAG